GAUACCGAAAACAAUUAUUUUUUCCUUUGCGACAUGACGCAGAACUUGCGCAGUUACCGAUAAGAUAAUUUGUUUUCUUCCGUAGCUCAACUUCACUAAAUCACCUUAAAAGUGAGAAGACUGCAGGUUUAGACUCUACAUCGCCGCUUCGAGAUCCAAGAAGAGAUCAGGAAAUUAGUAGUUAGACACAGUUCCGGUCAUUAAAGUUUAUUCUGCAACCAUGUCUCGUGGUGAAUUUGGUAGUCCCUCUUAUGGCACCCUUUCUCCAAAUGUGAGGGUAAACUUUGAUAGGCCAUCAUCCAGAUACUUAGAAGGAGAAAAUUUUCAGAUUCUCAGUGACAAUGUUGGUAGCAACAUCUUCCAAAUUAACAACAACACUGCAGCAUUGGAGCGCACCCUUAAACAGUUAACAGCAGGCAAAGAUGGUCAAAGCGAAAAACUUCAUAGUAUACAGCGAGCUACAAAUAACCUUGCUGGUGAAACAACUGCCAUGUUGAAACAGAUGAGUUCUUAUUGUGUUGGAAAUAGUCCCACAGCAAGGCAGCUGAGAAUACAACAUGAAAAAUUAAAGGGAGAUUUCAGAGAUUCAGUUUCACGUUAUUACUCCGUUCAAAAUAGAGUGGUUGAAAAGGAAAAGCUUCUGGUUGGGUCAACAGGACUAUCACAGCGGCAAGAUAGUAGAAGAUAUGGAGACGAGUUUGGAAAUGAGAAAAGUGGCUUAAUUGAGGAUGAUCAACAAAGACAGGAGCAGGAACAGUUGGACAUACAGAUUGACAUUGACCAGUCACUGAUAAGAGAAAGAGAGGACAGAAUCCGACUGAUAGAAGGAGAUAUCAUUGACAUCAAUGAAAUAUUUCGAGACCUAGCAACGAUGGUUUAUGAACAAGGAGAACUAGUUGAUUCAAUUGAAGCAAAUGUUGAACGAGCACAAACAAAUGUGGAGGGAGCUAAUGUCCAACUUAGUAAGGCCAGUACAUACCAGAAAUCAGCACGCAAGAAGAUGUGCAUUUUACUUCUUAUUAUUGUGAUUGUUAGUGGAGUUAUUGGCAUAAUUGUUUGGCAAACAAAUUAACAAGUAUUGUUGUCAUAGCAAAUAAUGUCAAGAUGAAGACCCAAAUCAGCAACAGAUAACCUCUAGGUCCAGAAACUGAUUCAAUUUUCAAUUAAAUUGGUAAGAGUUUGAAAUAUUUGGUGUUCCUCAAGUACAUCACUUGAAAUGUGCAAAAGGUAUUGGAAACAAAGACAUGCAAAAGCUUAUGUUCGUGAAGGAAUGUGGGUGUGACCUUUGGGUGUGACCUUUGGGUGAUGACAAGGACUUUUGCUGAAAUUGUACUCGCCACACAUGUUCAGUAUAUGAAAAGUUAAAGUAUAUACAUACAGGAUGAAAUAAAACUUAAUUCACCAGAUUGUAAAA